AUGACCAACAUCCGAAAGACCCACCCAUUAAUAAAAAUUGUAAACAACGCAUUUAUUGACCUCCCAACCCCAUCAAACAUCUCAUCAUGAUGAAACUUUGGAUCCCUCCUAGGAAUUUGCCUAAUCUUACAAAUCCUGACAGGCCUAUUCCUAGCAAUACACUAUACAUCCGACACAAUAACAGCAUUUUCCUCUGUAACUCACAUUUGUCGAGAUGUAAAUUAUGGCUGAAUCAUCCGAUACAUACACGCAAACGGAGCAUCAAUAUUCUUUAUCUGCCUAUUCAUACAUAUCGGACGAGGUCUAUACUAUGGAUCAUAUACCUUUCUAGAAACAUGAAACAUUGGAGUAAUCCUCCUGCUCGCGACAAUGGCCACAGCAUUCAUAGGCUAUGUUUUACCAUGAGGACAAAUAUCAUUUUGAGGGGCAACAGUCAUCACUAAUCUUCUUUCAGCAAUCCCAUAUAUUGGCACAAACCUAGUCGAAUGAAUCUGAGGGGGAUUCUCAGUAGACAAAGCCACUCUCACCCGAUUCUUCGCCUUCCACUUUAUCCUCCCAUUCAUCAUCACAGCCCUCGCCAUAGUCCACCUGCUUUUCCUCCACGAAACAGGAUCGAACAACCCCACAGGAAUUCCAUCAGACGCAGAUAAAAUCCCAUUUCACCCUUACUACACCAUUAAAGAUAUCUUAGGCGCCAUGCUACUAAUUCUUGUUCUAAUAUUACUAGUACUAUUCACACCCGACCUACUCGGAGACCCAGACAACUAUAUCCCAGCAAAUCCACUCAAUACACCCCCUCACAUUAAACCUGAGUGGUAUUUCCUAUUUGCAUACGCAAUCCUACGAUCAAUUCCCAACAAACUAGGAGGAGUCCUAGCCCUAGUCCUCUCAAUCCUAAUCUUAGUACUUGUACCCUUCCUCCACACAUCUAAACAACGAAGCAUAAUAUUCCGCCCAAUCAGCCAAUGCAUAUUCUGAAUCCUGGUAGCAGAUCUAUUAACACUCACAUGAAUUGGAGGACAGCCAGUCGAACAUCCCUACAUUAUUAUUGGACAACUAGCAUCUAUCAUAUAUUUCCUCAUCAUUCUAGUAAUAAUACCAGCAGCUAGCACCAUUGAAAACAACCUUCUAAAAUGAAGA